UAACUCUUUCAACAUUUAAUUUAAAAAAUUUUUUUAAUCAAUUACAUGUAAGCAAAAAAAUUUUAACAUUAUAAAACAUUUUUGAGUUCUAAAUUCUCUCUUUCCCUUCCCUACUCCUAAGAAGGCAAGCAAUUUGAUAUAGAUUAUACAUGUGCAGCUAUGUAAAACAUGUCCAUAUUAGUCAUUUUGCAAAAGAAAACAUAGACCAAAAAAGCAAAAACAAGAAUCAUCUGCAUUCAGACUCUACUAAUCCUCAGUAGAUGGAUAGCAUUUGUCAUAAGAAAUCCUUUGGAAUUGUCUUGUAUCAUGGUAUUGCUGAAAACAGCUAAGUCAUUCACAGUUGAUCAUUGUACAAAUAAUGCUAUUUUUGCUUACAAUGUUCUCCUGGUUCUGAUUAUUUCACUGUAUUAAUUUCACAUAAGUCUUUCCAAGUUUUCUGAAAAUACCUUAUUAUUUCUUAUAAUGCAAUAGCACUCCAUCCUAACCUUAUACCACUAUUUUUUCAGCCAACUUCAGCCAACCGAUGGACAACUCCUCUAUUUCCAAUUCUUUGCCACCACAAAAAGAGCUAUUAUAAGUAUGUUUGGACAUAUAGGUCUUUUUCCUUUUUCUUUGCCUUUUUGAGGGGUAUAGACCUAGUAGUAUUAUUGCUGAAUCAAAGAGAAUAACAGUUUUAUAGCCCUUCAGGCUUGGCUCCAUAUUUUUUUCCAGAAUGGUUAGAUCAAUUCAUAAUUCCACCAAGAGUGUAAAAGGGUCUCUAUUUUUCCACACCCCCUUCAACAAUUAUCAUUUUCCUUCUUUGUCAAAUUAGUCAAUCUGAAAGGUGGUACCUCAGAGCUGUUUUAAUUUGCCUGUCUCUAAUCAAUAGUUAUUUGGAAUAUUCUUUCAUGACUACAGAUAGCUUUGCUUUCUUCUGUAAAUUUCUUGUUCAUACCCUUUGACCAUUUAUCAAUUGGAGAAUGACUUUUAGUCUUAUAAAUUUGACUUGAUUCCCUAAAUUUAAGAAAUAAGGCCUUUAUCAGAAAAACUGGCUGUAAAAUAUUUCCCACUCAGUUUUCUGCCUUCCUUCUAAUCUUAGCUGCAUUGAUUUUAUUUGUGCUAAAUCUUUUAAGUUUGAUGUAAUCGAAAGUAUAAAUUUUAUAUCCCAUAAUGCUUUCUGUUGUCUCGUCAUAAAUUCUUCCUUUAUCAAUAAAUAUCAGCCUUUGUGUCUAAGUCAUGUACCCAUUUUGACUUUAUUUCAGUAUACUACAUGAAAUGUUAUGACCCCAGUUCUUCAUAAAUAGUUCUUGAAUCCCUUUUUAGGAAACUUAACAAUCAUCACUCCAAAUUACCUCAGAAUGAUCUUUAUCUGUCUCUUUCCAGGAAAGUUCAGUCUGGUGGAAAGGAUAACUGUCACAAUCAUUGAGUCUUGAGGUGGUAGGCACAUUGUGGAAGCAGUUUACCUUGAGCCUCUUUAUUUUUAAGAUCUUUAUAAAUCUGGUGAACUUACAACUAAAUUUAAAUGAAUAAUGCCAAUAUUACCCAGUUAGAAUGCAGUUUAUUGAUCUAGUUUUCACUUCUAGAAAAGUGGAUAUUAAGAACUAAAUGCUUCAGAAAGUAUAGAGAAAGGGUUUAAAUGAGCAUUUCCAUGUGAUUCAAUUACAUAGGAGAGUUCAUUUUAGCAAAACUUCAGCAUCACGCAAUAGUUACAAACGAAUACAAUAACAUUCUUCUGUAAUUAAAUUAUUUUAGAGAAAUGAAUAGUUUAGUACCAGUUACCUCAAGGCUCAUUGGCUGUGACAGCUAUUUUUUUUUUUACCAGACUGAACUGGAUAAGAGCAGGCAAAAAGGUGAUUCUGGGGUGAUUUGGAGGGAUAAUCCUUAGGUCUCCUGGACAGGGAUUCAAGAACCAUUCAUGAAGAACUGGAGUCAGAGGAUUCCUUAAAGGAUUGAAUCAGCGUGGUUGAGUUCUACGUUUGGAAUAAGAAGACCUCAAGUCGAACCCUGGCUCAGCCAUAUACUCAUGUCACUUAACUUUUGGGGUUUCACUCAUCUAUAUGAGGUCGGACUAGAUAACCUAUAAAAUCCAACUCUAAAAUUAUGAUUCUCCCAAACUCAUCAGAACGUGAAAUUGUACCACAGUUUAGCAAGAGAUACACUGAAAUGAACUGCAAGCUGUCACUGCUUGCUGUAUGAUUUAAAAAUGAACAAAAACCCUUAAAUAUCUCCAACUUAGCAAUUCAAACCCUAGGAAAACUGAAUAUCAAAAAAAAUUCUAGAAAGUACUGAAAAGCACUGAAAAACAUAUAUACAUUUUAAAAUACUCGUUCAUUUUUUAAAAAGCGAAUAAAUUUCAAUAUCAACAUCAACUAUAACAACUGUCCUCACAGGACCGCUUUAAAGGAUUCCUAGGGGUUAUUCUGGAUACCAUCUUCCUUCUACUGGAAAGAAUUUCUAUUAGAUCCCACUGGAAGAUUCAAUCCAGCAAAUCAGUAACGUGUCGGACUAUAACUCCCAGCAGGCUGUCUGGAAUCUACACCGCCGUUUUUCCAAUCGCAGGAUAUGAGAUUCGCCUACUCCGGCGAAUGGCCUGGCGGGAUUUGUAGUUCCUAAAUCGAGUGUUGGGUACGCGAGAUCACGUGCGCAGGUGCCCGCCCCUUCUCCUUUCCUACUCCCCCUCACGUUGGUCUCACGCAUCCCACCGCUCCGUCGGCGCGUGCCCACGCUUUUCCCCUUCCCCCCCUGGCAUCCCAGGGCGCAGGCGCGCGCACGCUCCCGGGCCCGGUGGGCGGGAGGGGGGUGGGGGGAGGAGGGGAAGAGUGGGGUGGGGGGUGUGGUUAGAUAUCUACCCGGCGGAGCCGGCGGCUGUGGGGCGCGAAGAGCUGAGCGGCCUAGUGACUAGGCGAGGAGGCUCUGCACUGAACCCGGGGCGGGUGAGGGUGGCCGGAGCCGAGCCGGAGCGGACGAUCGGGCGGGGAAAGCGGCCAAGGCCGGGAAGCGGCGGCUGGAGGGCGGCCUGCGGGGCAGCCCCGGCCUAGGCCCGGCGGAGAUGUCCGGCUGCUGCGCUUGUACCUGCGCGGCCGCGCGACUCAUCACCUCCUCGCUCGGCUCCGCGCAGAGAGGUAUUUCUUGUGGUCGAAGUCACUUCCCAGUUUUAGGAAGGUUGGGGACCUUUGAAACACAAGUUCUUCGAAGGACUCCUUUUAGGACUUUUUCAGAAACACCAGCAUACUUUGCUUCAAAAGAUGGGACUAGCAAGGAUGGUUCAGGAGACGGAAAUAAGAAACCAGUGAGUGAAGGAGGCAGUAAAAAAUCAAGCUCUGGGAAUUCUGGGAAAGGAGGAAACCAGCUGAGAUGUCCAAAAUGUGGUGAUCUCUGCACACAUGUAGAGACUUUUGUGUCUUCCACCCGAUUUGUGAAGUGUGAAAAAUGUCAUCAUUUUUUUGUUGUGCUAUCUGAAGCCGACUCAAAGAAAAGCAUAAUUAAAGAGCCUGAAUCAGCAGCAGAAGCUGUAAAAUUGGCAUUCCAACAGAAACCACCUCCUCCCCCCAAAAAGAUUUAUAACUACCUCGACAAAUAUGUUGUUGGUCAGUCGUUUGCCAAGAAGGUGCUUUCAGUUGCUGUGUAUAAUCAUUACAAGAGAAUUUAUAAUAAUAUUCCAGCCAACCUGAGGCAGCAAGCAGAAGUUGAGAAGCAGACAUCAUUAACUCCUAGAGAAUUAGAAAUAAGAAGACGGGAGGAUGAGUACAGAUUUACAAAAUUGCUUCAGAUUGCUGGGAUUAGUCCACAUGGUAAUGCUUUAGGAGCAUCAAUGCAGCAACAAGUAAAUCAACAAAUACCUCAGGAGAAACGGGGAGGUGAAGUCCUAGAUUCUGCCCAUGAUGACAUAAAGCUUGAAAAAAGUAAUAUUUUGUUACUGGGACCAACUGGGUCAGGUAAAACAUUGCUGGCCCAAACUCUAGCAAAAUGCCUUGAUGUACCUUUUGCCAUCUGUGACUGUACUACUUUGACUCAGGCGGGAUAUGUAGGUGAAGAUAUUGAAUCUGUGAUUGCCAAAUUGCUACAAGAUGCCAAUUAUAAUGUGGAGAAAGCACAACAAGGAAUUGUCUUUCUGGAUGAAGUAGAUAAGAUUGGCAGUGUGCCAGGCAUUCAUCAGUUACGGGAUGUAGGUGGAGAAGGCGUUCAGCAAGGCUUGUUAAAACUGUUAGAAGGUACAAUAGUCAAUGUUCCAGAAAAGAAUUCCCGUAAACUUCGUGGAGAAACAGUGCAAGUUGAUACAACAAACAUACUGUUUGUUGCAUCUGGUGCUUUUAAUGGUUUAGACAGAAUAAUCAGCAGGAGGAAAAAUGAGAAGUAUCUUGGAUUUGGGACACCAUCUAAUUUAGGAAAAGGCAGGAGGGCUGCAGCAGCAGCAGAUCUUGCCAACCGAAGUGGGGAAUCAAAUACUCACCAAGAUAUUGAAGAAAAAGAUCGCUUAUUACGCCAUGUGGAAGCUAGAGAUCUCAUUGAAUUUGGCAUGAUUCCAGAGUUUGUGGGACGGUUACCUGUGGUGGUUCCCUUGCAUAGCCUAGAUGAAAAAACACUUGUACAGAUUCUCACUGAACCGCGUAAUGCAGUCGUUCCCCAGUACCAGGCAUUAUUCAGCAUGGACAAGUGUGAGCUUAAUGUCACUGAAGAUGCUUUGAAGGCUAUAGCCAGAUUGGCACUAGAUAGGAAGACUGGUGCAAGGGGCCUUCGAUCUAUCAUGGAAAAGCUGUUACUAGAGCCAAUGUUCGAAGUACCAAAUUCUGACAUUGUAUGUGUGGAAGUUGACAAAGAAGUUGUAGAAGGAAAGAAGGAACCAGGAUACAUUAGGGCUCCAACUAAAGAGUCAUCUGAAGAGGAGUAUGACUCUGGAGUUGAAGAGGAAGGAUGGCCUCGGCAAGCAGAUGCGGCAAACAGUUAAAUGCUGUUAAAACUUUAUCUCUUAGAAAUUUCUCCCUUUGUUUUAAGAUCGUAACUGGCUUUACAGUCUGACAUUAAAGGCAUUGGAUCUAUUCUGGAUAUUAUUAUACAUGGUCAGAAGCUUUUAGGAUAAGAAUCAGAUCAUGUAUGUUACUGUAACAUCACAUUGAUUUUAUGCAGUGGACUUGUGGAUUUUAAUGGCACAAUGUUCAAAGAUAAAAUGUACAUUUUUUGGGGUUCAGUUUUUUAAAAUCUGCUUUAACAAAAUUCUGAAGUUAAGCAAUGCAGGUGUUGCCAGUAAAUAAUGAAUUUUACAAUAAUGUUACUCUACAAAUGGGAAAAUAAAUUUCCUUAACUGAAUAUUGAUAUACCAUUAGUUUAACUUUUUUCCAUCCACAAUUGUUUCCUGAAGAGAUCAGACUUUUUAUUCACAUUUAAAAUGGAAAAGAAUAGAUUUGGUGGCAUUAUUAGUAAUGGAAAAGUGCCCUAAAGAACUGAAUUUUGAUGAUGUUUCAUUAUGUUCUUAGGCUUCUUUGCUAAUUUGUGACACCAACUUACAAUUGAUUUCAGUAUAAAAGGCAGUUCAUUUGUUGGCCAAUCUGAUUUAUUGGCCAUUCUCAGUGCACUUCAGGGCAAUGGAAGAGCCAGGGCAAUGGAAGAGCAGAUGGAAUUAGAAUCUAGGUAAAUUUCUCACAGGAAAAACAAAUGAGGAAUGCCGCAUGUAGGUAUAUUUAAAUUUUAAGUAAAAUACUCAAUAUUGUGCAAUUACCUAAAGAGCUAGUGUGCAUCAGUUUUUUGGUGCUGGAUAUUUAUCCAACCUCCUAUUUCCUUAAACAUCAAAGAAAAUGUAUAUUUUUUUCUGUAAUCAGUAGGGAAUUUGUUCAUACAAAAAUGAACUCUAAGUUAUUUUGCACUCCUUUGUUGUACACCUUUUUCUUGGUCAUUGUUUUUGGGACUUUGAGAAAAACAAAGGGAAUGAAACAAUCCCUUGGAUGACACACAUGAAAAAAAUAGUCUUUUAGAAGAAAACUUAGGAAACUAGUAAGAUUUUUUUUUAUUUUUAAAAUAUCAGUCUCCAGAUACCUUUUCAGUUUUUUUCCUUCCUGCUAAGAUGUUGCUGCAGGUUUUAUUGUUAUUCAUCUAGUUUAACUUCUUUUUCAAAUUGACUAAAGUCAAUUUAACAUUGAUUUAAACAUUCAUUUAUUUUCAUCAUUUAGCCUGCUUAUUAGAGGAUUUUUUCCUCAUGCACUUUGUCAGGAAGAAAAAACAUGAAACUCUUAACACUUUAAUUAACAAGCCCAUAUCUUCUACUGAAGAGCCAAUUCAGUUGGGCUUUACAUGACUUAGAUAAUAGGAGAGUUGUGAAAUAUUUAUCUGUGGAUGGGAUAUAGAGGAGAUGCACAGUCACCAAGUCAGGUUUGUGUAGCAAAGAGCAGGAACAAGACUCCUACUUAGUCUCCCCAGUAAUGGUUAAAGUUACUUUCAGGAAGUCUUUCAUACUGUGUUGUAACUUCAUUCAUUACUUCCUUUUACUGUGUAGUUUCCCCUUUUGUAGAAUGGGAAAAUCGAAAUAGAUUUUAAUUCUUUUGAGGAUAAUCCUCCAGAAAUGGACCGGGAGACAUAGUAAUGACAGUAAAACAACUUGCAUUUAAGUUUUGGAAGUUGUUUAUAACAUUGUGAUCGAUGUUUUUAAAUCAAACACAAAAGCAGUGUAACUACAAUUUGUACCUUGGGACUUUAUGUUUUGGCAUUUGAAUAAAACAAAGCUAUUAAUGAAA